AUGAAGCGCGGUGGAGAAAAAGGAGCGCCGACGAGUCGCCACGAGGCACAGGAAAAAGCAAAGUUGAUGCGAAGUCAAAACCGGAAAUACGCGCAGAGCGCGAAAAUGCACGAAGACGGUGAACAUCGCGUUCGCGCGGUGAUGGCGACGACGGCGGACGACGACGACGGAGAGAAAGAAAAGAAAAACCAAGAAGUCGUCGUCGAAGCGAAUUUGAACCAACAGAGAGAGCAACAACCUCCUCUGAAAGAAGAAGAAGGAAAAGGAGUGAACGACGACGUCGACGAGCAAGCCGAGGAGGAGGAAAAGGAGGACAAAAAAAAGCAAAAAGAAGAGGAGGAUAAAAAUAUCAACAACAACAACAACAACAACAACAACACGAGCGAAGAAGACGCGACGAAAGAAGAAAACGAACGGGUGAAAGAAGGAGACGAGGCGGAAGAAGAAGAAGAAACGAAAGAAGAGCGGGAGAUAAAGACGGAAGAGCGGGAAGGCGACGCCGCCGAGGCCGCGGAAGAAGGAGAGAAGCCGCGAGCGGGGGAGGGAGGAGAAGAAGAAGAAGAAGGCGACGAUACUAAUAAUAGAAAAGAGGAAACGCCGGCGACGAUUUCAAACACCACGAAUAGUGGCGGGGAAGACAUCACGAGAGCCGCGGCGGAGGCGGCGCAGCAAGCGGCUGCGCAGGCGGCCAAUCAAGCCGCCGCCGAGAAGCACGCGGCGCACAUCGGGAAUCCUUUUUUGAUGAUGCAUAACCAGAAGCAGCAGUUUUUAGAUCCCUCGUCGAUGCAACAGCAGCAGCAAAACGUUGGUGGUAUAAAUGGCGUGUUACCUCCGAUGCCGAUGGAGUAUCAAAACGCUAUUUUAGCGCAGCAAAUGAUGCAGCAACAACAGCAGCAGCAGCAAAACGCCGAGCCGCCCGGACCGGCGAAUAGCAACAGUACUAACAACGAUCCAGCGGCGGCAGCGAUGGCACAUAUGAUUAACGGUGGCAAUGGCAAUGUACAGAUGGUACCGCAUCAACAAUUAGCUAUGGCGCAGAUGAUGCAAGCGAUGAUGGCGCAGCAACAGAUGGCGGCGAUGUUUCAAAUGCAACAACAACAACAAGGCGGAGGCGACCAACAACAGUUCAACCCGAUAGCGGCGGCACUUAGCAUGGGUAUGCUCCCUCCAAUGCCACCGGCUAUGUUUGAUAACAACGGCAACGGUAUUUCCCCGGAGAUUGCGUAUCAACUGAUGAUGCAGCAGCAACUGCAGCAACGGCAACACGGCAUGAUGGGGAUGUACGGAGGUAUGGGUGGCGUGCCCUUUCAACAGCAUCAACUGGGCGGGCAAGAGUUUAUGAACGCGCAUCAAAACCAAGCCAUGUUAGCCAAUCAAAUAAAUGUCAACAACAAUAGCAAUAGCAACACGCCAAACGGAAUCGGGAUGAUGAAACCAUCGGCGCUUAAAUCGAGAGGACCAAAAGUUCAAUACGACGACGUCGAUAUCAUGUAUCGCAAGCGCGGACGUCCUUUGGGCUCGAAAAACGCCACGACGAAAGAUUCGUUCAAGAACGUUCCAAAAGGUAAACGUACGAAACGCGUCGCGAAAGGUAACACCACCACCAACGGUAAUGGUGUCGUCGCAAGAGGUGGUGGAGUCCAAAAAGUUGCGAACGUGAAAGGUAAGAAAGCCACCGCCGAAAAGAAAAAGAACGGGAAGAAUGCGAGCAACAAUAAUAAUUCUGUUCCGAACGGGGAUGAUUUGCAGGAGUACUACGACGUCUUAACUUCGCUCAAGAACUCCAUAACUUGUUAG